AUGUACUAUGAUCUAUUCUACAUAUCCACGUACUAUCUGUGGAUUAAUGUAGUGAGCUCCAGGCCGGCUCCAGAUGACCCGGCCCCGCGGCCGCGAGACAUAUAUUUGUUUUUCCUGCAUUUGGCUCAGGAGCAGAGACAUGCCCGUUUUGCCUACCUACCUGCGUGGUCGGUUACCAACGAGUCUUACCAAAUUAUUUACCACAAUGGUCUGAGGGUUGAGCAGGAUAGCAAAUCUUACCUACCUAGGAUCGGGGCACUACUACUAUGUAGGGAUAUUACUACCCAGGCGGACAAUUCAUCCAGAAGAUCCACAAUCUAG